AUGAACUCUCCAAAUGACUCCCGGCUAAGACUCCCAGACGACGACGCCAGUGCAAAGCCCAUCUUCAAUGGCGCCCCCAACGGUGCCCAGCCCGGAGCAGACGUCCAUAAUGAUCGUCAAGAUAAUUCCCGCCCAGAAUUCAACUUGAUGGUCGCCGGGUGCAGAGGAGGCAAAACGUCCUUUCUUCGACUGCUGCUGGACACGAGCGACAUCGCCCAGACAGCCUCCAAGGAUCAGCUCGCCGCCGUCGCAAAGUUCGUUCAAGGUUGCAGCGGCCACACCAAUCACAUACGCACAGCAUCCAUCGACAUCGAUGUCAACACCGAGCUUAACGACGGCUUCCAGCAAUUGACUCUGUCUCUCAUCGACACCCCCUCCUUGGACUUCAGAGAUGAAGUUUCUUCCGAGAGGCUCGUCGUGGAGAUGCUCCGGUACAUCGACUCUCGCUUCGCAGAGGGAUUCGAAGACGAACGCAAGGCCUUGACGGGAGAUCGAUAUAUACAUCUAUGUAUAUAUUUUCUGGACCCAGACGACAUCGUGCCUCCAUCAGUCCCAGGCCCGCCCGCUCCGCUGGUACCUCGCGCCCGUACGAACAGCUUCUCCCACCAGUCGGACGUGGAACCGGUCAUUCUGGAACCUCCCGUCACCAACCUCCCGCUCUUGUGCCGCCCAACGCUUCCACCGUCAGACAUAACCACCAUUAGACGCUUGUCGGCCCGAGUCAACGUCCUUCCCGUGAUCGCCAAAGCCGACAUGCUCUCCAAUGACCGCCUUGCCGCCAUUAAGGUCGCCAUUAGGCGAGAUUUAGCCUCCGCUGGUAUUGGAUUUGGUAUUUUUGAUAUGGAUACUCCCAUCACCAACGAUGAUCACCUUCAAUCAUCGUCGUCUUCAAUGAAGAAUGAGCCGAACGGAUAUCCCGGUCACCCAAAUGGACCUGGUUCUGCCAACAUUACACCUCCUGGCUCCCCCGUCACUCCUUUAUUGCGUUUGCCAUAUGCACUCAUUUCACCCGAUAUCUAUUCUCACAGCGACGGUGUUCAAAGAGUCGCCCCCUCGCGACACGAGCUAGUCAUCCAGUACACACCGUUGUCCGCCGUCCCUUCGGCCCCUAAACUACCUCGGGGCAAGUACAUUCGAUCAUACCGAUGGGGCUCGAUGGACGUCUUGGACCCCAUGCACAACGACUUUGUACCACUUCGCGCCGCCGUCUUUCAUCACAUGGAGACUCUACAAAAGUACACCCGCGAAUAUCUCUUUGACAAGUUUCGAAUCGACUGUCAACCUUUGCAGCGGCCCACUUCUCAACAUUCAAUCCAGGGUACUCUUACAACCCCGCCGCACACUAUCUCAGUUCUUUCUCAUGCUACCCGGCCCAUUUUGGCUAUUGAUACUGCCCCUCAUCCAGCGCGACAUCCUUCAUUGUCCAUGUCUCGUGCACCAUCGCUACCCAGUGAUAUGCGUGGCGUGCCAAUGAACAGAGCGCUACCUGACCUCAAUACUCCCGCAGCCUCCUCGAGGGCCUCGGGCUCUGCCCCCAAAGCUUCUUCCAGGCAACGGACCAAAAAAAUAACGGUGGCAUGCAAUUUCUGUCGCUCUCGGAAGCUGAAGUGCGAUGGCGGUCGUCCGGCAUGCGGGCAAUGCGUCAAACGAAACAAUCCAUGUGACUACCAACCACAGAACAAACGCAGGGGGAACGCGAAGACGUCCAAACCCGAUGAGAGUGAGAGCGAUAGUGCGGACGAUAGGUCUCCCGAUGAGGAACCAUCACUCUCCCCUGAUGUUCCCUCGCUAUCUCGCUCACGACGAAGUUCCAACGUGGACAAGUACCCAAUAGAGAAUCUUCCACCGCCCGUCUUGCCAGUCCCUGAUGUUUCUCCGUCCUCUUUACCUCCAUCAUCACUCCCGCCAUCAUCCGUGGCGUCGUCAUCUCGGUCGAAACCCUUGAUUCCCGAAAAUCGGCACUUAUUUGCGGACAACGAGUUACCACACAUCGCAACACUCUUGCCAGAACCUCCCUCGGCCGCGCCUAUGUCUGCCCCCACAUUGCCUAUCAUUCGACCUGCAUCCGAUCAACAAGCAGCACAAAGGAAGAGAUCAGCCACAGUCCCUGGUAAAACUAACCGAGCGCCCACGACUUCCGGACCAAAAGUUGUGGCAUGCAAUUUCUGCCGAGCACGCAAGACUAAAUGUGAUGGUGCCCACCCCGCUUGUUCGAGCUGCGCUCGUAGACAACUUCCGUGCAACUACGUGCAUGACUCUGCGGGCGGCAAUGGAGGUAGGAAAGGGGGUCGGCGAGCUUCUGGAGCUUCCAGAGGUCAACCAACAUCGGCACCGGGCUCUCCCCCGUCUGCCCAAUCGUCACGCAUGGCUCCUACACCCGCCGAUGCCUAUGGCCAAGUGCGUGUUGAUAUGGACGUCGACGAACACGACCUUCAGUCGAAGCGCGCAAUGGACGUCGACGAGAUUGAGCGACCAUCAAAGAAAGCCAAAAUGGACGAGGACAUCCCCAUGACCAGCGGUGUAUAA